AUGGUUGUCAACGACGAAUCCAUCAAUAUCCGUCCACUGGAGUACACUCCAGUGGAAACCAUCCAGAAGAAAGUCGCUGCGGCGCGAGACGCCUUCUAUGACUCCAAAACUCGACCAGUGGAGUUCCGAAAACUCCAGCUCCGGAAGCUAUACUGGGCCAUCCGCGAUAAUCAAGAUCGCAUCUGUGAAGCGCUGGCGCGCGAUAUGGGAAGACCCUCAUACGAAACUCAAGUAACCGAGGUCAUUUGGCUACUAGGAGAGAUCUUGUUCACUCUGAAGAAUCUCGAUAAAUGGCUCAAGGAUGAACCCGCUCCCGAUAUCCCUUUCAUCUGGAAGCCACUAGCCCCCAAGAUCCGAAAAGACCCCAUGGGUACUGUUUUGAUUAUCGGUGCAUGCAACUACCCCCUCCUACUCACAAUCUCGCCACUGAUCGGUGCUAUCGCCGCCGGUAACACCGUUGUGCUCAAACCCAGUGAACAGCCUGCCAAUGCGGCUCAGGUAACGCAGGAAAUCUUCGAGUCUGCUUUGGACCCUUCCUGCUACACCAUUGUCCAGGGUGCUGUUACUGAAAUGCAGGCCCUCUUGGCCGAGAAAUGGGACAAGAUCUUCUUCACUGGUAGCCAGAAUGUCGGCCGUAUUGUUUCCAAGGCCGCUGCACCCCACAUGACCCCCGUUGUCUUGGAGUUGGGAGGUCUGAACCCUGCCAUCGUCACUCGACAUGCCGAUCCCCGUAUUGUGGCUCGUCGACUACUAUGGGCCAAGACCAUCAACGGCGGACAGACCUGCACAGCUCAAAAUUACAUUCUUGUCGAGAAAUCCUUGUUGCCUGCAUUGGUUGACGAGCUCAAGAAAGCAUACAAAUCUUUCUACCCUAGCGGCACCAGCAAAGGACCCGACUUUACACGUGUUGUCAAUGACAAGGCAUUCCAGCGUUUGAAAGCCAUGUUGGAUAACAGCAAGGGUAAAAUCCUCAUGGGAGGCACCAUUGACGAAAAGGAGCGAUAUAUCGAGCAGACUUUCAUUGAAGUGGACUCUAUUGAAGACUCAAUGGUCAUCAACGAGGCCUUCGGUCCCAUCUGCGCCGUCAUGACUGUCGACAGCGUCGACGAGGCCAUCAGUCUCGCUCGCAAAGUCCAAGACACCACACUCGGUGUAGCCGUCUUUGGUAACUCAGCAGACCACCAGAAAGUCAUGGCCGGUCUUCGAUCUGGCGGCGUUUCUCUGAACGACGCCCAACCACACGUCAACACUCUCGCCUUUGGCGGUGUCGGCGAAAGUGGUACUGGCGCCUAUCGUGGCCGGUCCAGUAUUGACGUCUGGUCUCAUAAACGUCCGUACACCAACACACCAAAGUGGAUGGAAUCCCUGCUCGAUGUUCGCUACCCGCCAUAUACUUCCAGCAAGUUACGAAUGGUCCAGAUGUCGAUGAGCGGCACGCCAGACUUUGACCGGGAAGGUCGCCAGAGCCGAUUUACUUGGCUGAAGUACAUUAUUGGAGGAACGCCAACAUCGUCCGCGGUUCGUGUCGCUGCUUAUGCCAUCAUCGUCUACCUCAUCAGAGCAUAUCUGAAACGAACAAGCAAACUUUGA